AUGGCCGAAACCGACACGAAGAUAUCGGCUAAGAGAGCUUUGGAUCUCUAUAAAUCAACACUCAACUUCAAUGUCAUCAGCAGAUAUGACCCAAACAUCAAGCAGCUAUUGUAUACUACGUCGCAUUGUGUGAUAUACAAGUUCGAUGAAAGCCAGGAAUGGGAAAAGACAGACUAUCAAGGCACGCUAGCUCUCUACCUCAGAGAUUUCACGCCUCCGGCUCCAGGUGAGCAGCUUGGUUUAGACCAGCUACAGAGACUUUUUUGCUACGGGUUGAUCUUGCUCAAUCGCCAAAGCCCAGAGUGUUUCUCGUUGGGUCUUCUUCCCAACAAGGUCACAAAACACUUUUUCCCAACUGGCGUACAGAAUAAUGGAAACGUCGAGAUGGACGUGGAGAUGAACGACAAUUUGAUCAUCGUCAAGGAUUUGAUCGGCGACAUCUACGGCUUGUGGAUCUUCAACGAAUCCGAUCGCAAGAAGUUAUACCAGCUCAUGGAAUUCUGUCUCAAAAACGACGUACCCAUCACAGCACCCGGGCCUUCCAAGUGA